GAUCUAUACUGUUGCUUUCCACUUGACAGUGCAAAGGCACAAUUUAUUCAUGUCGUAGAUUGUGAGGAAAUUUCUGUUUAACUAUCCCAUUUUGUAUAGCUCAAUUUUAAUGUUGGGUCCAACAUUCCUGAAAUUUUAUUGCCCGGCCUAACAUUCCUAGUCAAUUUGUAGAGCAUUUCUACUUGAUUUAAUGCUGGGCCAAAAUUUCUUCAUUACUUUGACAGUGGAAGCACUGGAAGCAGUGGCAGCAAUAGAAGCAGGAAUCAGUAAUGGCAGUACACAGAAUAUUCUGGCUAAAUCCGAGAGCGAAUUAAGGAAGCGCUUUAAGAGCAACUAUGAGUUUGUGAUUGCCCAGCCUGAAAUCAAUUCAAAGAUGAGAUCAAUUCUCAUAGACUGGUUGACAGAGGUUCACAGGAUGUUUGAACUAAUGCCUGAGACCCUUUACCUCACAAUUAACAUAGUUGAUCGGUACCUUUCAAUGAAUGUUGUCCCAAGGAGGGAGCUUCAGUUGGUCGGCAUUAGUUCAAUGCUAAUUGCUUGCAAGUAUGAAGAAAUUUGGGCACCAGAGGUAAUUGGUGUUCUGUUUUCAUCAUUUAGAACCAUGUCUGAUCUAAAAAUUGUUUGGUUUCACUGA